CUAUCGGCCAUUAUAAUACCUCAGCGGCCGUGUUGCAAUUCCAUUUACAUCCAAACGUCCGAGCACCGAGCACAUUCGCACACACGCACGACGCCGUACCGGUUGGUCGAUCGGUUGGUUGGUCGCACGACAGUCGUAAUAAAAAAUAUCGUCGCCGAUUUUCGAGCAAAACCGUUGGGUUGUCCCGUCGUCCUGCACGUCGAUCAUUAUCCGUCCGCGACGGUCAACGAUAUAGACACACACGCACAAACACGAAACCUAUAACUGUUGGGUACAUCGAAAAAUUAUUGUGUUUUUUCGUCGUCGUCGUCGUCGUCGUUUUACCUGAACGGUACAACACGUGUAUAACGGACCCUCGGCCGUCCACUGUCAACGUCGGGCCAAAAAAAAAAAAAACGAAAACCAAUUUCAAAACGAAAACCCUGACAACAUCGACCAUGGAAGUGGACAAUUACGGACCAGUCGUAAAAAUGGGCUCCGGGUACGAGCUGCGGUUCGAGGACGACGCCAAUUUCGAAGAGUCGUACAAGGAGCGCGCCGUGAACGACCUGGGCGAGACGCCGGAACGCCGGGCGGAAGCUCUAGAGGAACUCCGGAGACUGAUCAGAGAAGAGAAAAAACUUUACCUUCCCACUGACGAAACCACGGAACUGUACUUGUUAGCCUUCUUGAGAGUCUGCAAAUUCUACCCGGAUAGUGCAUUCAAAAGAGUGAAAUUUUUGUACAAAUUACGCCAGAAAAAUCCGAAGUACUGCAAUGACUUACUGCCGAGUUUGGAAAAAAACGUCUUUGCUCAGAAUAUUCUUACAGUUUUACCAUCACGUGAUCAACACGGAAGAAGAAUAUUGAUCACAGAAUGUGGACAGAGGUGGAAAGUUAAAAAUUGCUCGCUAACAGAGAUCUUUCGCGGCGUCGAGCUGGUAAUAGAAGCGGCUAUUCUCGAGCCCAGAACUCAGGUGUCGGGCACGGUGCUGUUGGUGGACUUUGCUGGUCUGACCAUAAACCAUGUGUGGCAAUUCACACCAAACUUCGCUAAGCUGGUUUUGGACUGGAUACAGUAUUCAAUGCCCGCAAGACUUAAAGAAGUGCACAUCGUAAAUCAACCGUACAUAUUCAACAUGGUGUUUGCAAUGUUCAAACCAUUUAUGCAAGAAAAAUUAAGAAGUCGAAUGCUUUUGCACGGUUAUGAUCACUCAACAUUAUUGGAACAUCUGGAUGCCAAAUGUUUACCAACUAAAUAUGGUGGUCUCAUGGACAUUGAAACCGACCAAGGCAUAGAUUUAUGGAAUUUACUGUGUUAUUACGAAGACAACUAUAAAGUGACAAAUGAAUUCGGCUACAAAAAGAAGAAAUAAUCAAAAAUAUAUUACGAAACUC